AUGUCAUCAAGCACCGGAAAAAUGGACGUAUUGCGUGAGCUGUCGUCUCAGACGGAUCCUUGCAAGCCAGUAGAUUUAGGAGACCCGGACGUCACAGGAUUUGGAGUACUGAUAUCAUUCUUGUUCUCUAUCGUGCUCGUCAUCGUCGCGAUCAUCUGGGCUUACAUUAAGGACACACUUCCAAGAAAAUGCUACAACGGAUUCGACAACGUCAUGCUGAACCGUAAACCCCGCCACGAAGACGGCCAAGGAGUUCGUGCAUUGCAAAAGUUCAUACUGGCGCUCAGCGACCAGCAGCUUGUUUCCGGGCUGGCCCUGGCUGUCUCCAUCAACAUUAUCCGUAACGGGGUCCAGGAUCUCGACACGAAGAUAUCUGCGUAUGCGUAUGGCAACGCUGUCAUAUUGGCUUUCCUUUCUUGCAUUAUUCAUCUAGCAACCCUCGCCGUCCUCCGCGAGUACCUUCGAGACCGCAGCUACUUGAAACACGUGAGGGUCGCCAUUAUGAUUUGCGUUAUAGCACUUCUCCUGCAAGGACUUGCCGAGACCUGGUCCUUAUCUAAAUACGAGACAUUAAGAUGCGCCAUCGCCGACUACAGUUUCUUACAAGAUUAUUCAGAUACAUAUGGGCCGCUGGAGAGACUUGGAAAUCCGGCCGCGGUUUCGGGGUUUACUGUCCUACUUGGUAUUCUCUUGAACGGUUACAUCCGUAGAAUCCGAGACUUGUAUUUUCACGACUCUCGAGUUUUCCCGGGAUACUGGCAGGUAUUCCUCCUGGCGAAAACAAUUGGCUGGCCGACAUCGUCUAAGGUUAGAAUAUUUAAGGCCCGAAGACGGUUGGCGUUAAGACUCUCCAAUCGAACCCUAGGUAUCAGCCAGCUGGGUCAGAUAUUCUUUCUAGUCAUACCUUCAAGUUUUCAUCGAUCCUUUAUGUUCGAGGUCGUUUGGUUACUCUUUUACUUUACGUUUGGCAUAUCACAGGUAGCAUCCUUCCUAUUUCUACUUGAUAGGGAUACAGACGAUACCAUUAUUAGCUUUGAGCCAAGAUUUGGUCAGCUCCUGCCCCUUAUCCUCAUGGCUCUUCCAUUCUUGGCGAUGGGGGAAGGGUACUCUGGUAAGAAGCCAGGUCGGAUUUUAGUUGUGUUUGCGUCGGGAUAUAAAGGCUAA